AUUCGAUUUAAAAAAUGUAAUGAGGUUCGAAUUGCUUUUUUUCUCAUUGUUUUAUUGGAUUUCGUACGUAGAGUCGCGUCGCGGUCUUGCGAAGCAUCUAUCUUAAGUUUAAUCCGAAAUGAGGGAAAUUGUACACAUCCAAGCCGGCCAAUGCGGCAACCAAAUUGGAGCCAAGUUCUGGGAAGUGAUAUCUGACGAGCACGGAAUCGACCCAACUGGCACGUACCACGGAGACUCUGACCUUCAGCUGGAGCGCAUCAACGUGUACUACAACGAGGCCACCGGCGGCAAGUAUGUGCCGCGCGCCAUUCUCGUGGACCUCGAGCCCGGCACCAUGGACUCAGUGCGCUCGGGACCCUUCGGACAGAUCUUCCGACCUGAUAACUUCGUGUUCGGACAGUCCGGAGCGGGUAACAACUGGGCCAAGGGGCAUUACACGGAAGGGGCCGAGCUCGUCGAUUCUGUCUUAGAUGUAGUAAGAAAAGAGGCUGAGGGGUGCGACUGUCUUCAGGGAUUCCAGCUAACGCAUUCCUUGGGUGGAGGCACGGGUGCGGGGCUAGGAACUUUACUUAUUUCCAAAAUUCGAGAGGAAUACCCCGACCGUAUUAUGAACACAUUCAGCAUCGUGCCAUCACCCAAAGUAUCAGAUACUGUAGUAGAACCAUACAAUGCAACGCUCUCGGUGCAUCAGUUGGUGGAGAACACCGACGAGUCGUACUGCAUCGAUAAUGAAGCGCUUUACGAUAUUUGCUUCCGCACUCUAAAGCUGACCACACCGACCUACGGCGACCUGAACCACCUGGUGUCCGCGACGAUGUCGGGCGUCACCACGUGUCUCCGGUUCCCCGGGCAGCUGAACGCAGACUUGCGCAAGCUAGCGGUGAACAUGGUACCGUUUCCUCGCUUGCACUUCUUCAUCCCCGGAUUCGCGCCACUGACAUCGCGCGGCAGUCAGCAAUACCGUGCGCUGACUGUGCCCGAGCUGACGCAGCAAAUGUUUGAUGCUAAGAACAUGAUGGCGGCAUGUGACCCUCGGCACGGCCGGUACCUGACAGUGGCGGCGGUGUUUCGCGGCCGCAUGUCCAUGAAGGAGGUGGACGAGCAGAUGAUGAACAUCCAAAACAAGAACUCGUCGUACUUCGUGGAGUGGAUCCCCAACAACGUGAAGACCGCCGUGUGCGACAUCCCGCCGCGGGGGCUGAAGAUGUCCGCCACGUUCAUCGGCAACUCUACGGCGAUCCAGGAGCUGUUUAAGCGCAUCUCGGAGCAGUUCACGGCGAUGUUCCGGCGCAAGGCGUUCCUGCACUGGUACACGGGUGAGGGCAUGGACGAGAUGGAGUUCACGGAGGCCGAGAGCAACAUGAAUGACCUGGUGUCUGAGUACCAGCAGUACCAGGACGCCACGGCCGAAGAGGAGGGUGAAUUCGAUGAAGAAGAGGAAGGCGGUGACGAAGGAGAUUAGACUAUUAUUGUUUUGUUAAGAAUUUUCAUUAUACUUUCAUUAUAUUUUA